AAGUUGAACAUGUUUUAGCAAAAGGACCCGAUGAGGCAGACCUUCCGUCCUUGUAGUAGGCUAUUUUCUCUUUGGAUGCUCUCUACUUUUAGGGUCACAAACGCUAGCAGCUGGUAGGGAUGGAUUUUACCUUAAGCUUUGUUGUGUUAUCAUCUGACUCUAUUGGUUUGCUCUUUGCGCCGUUUUGGAGCCAGGCUUUGUGAGGUUAAUGUUGCUUAGACACGCUGCCGACAGGGAGAAAAGCAAGCUGGCGAGAAGGGGAACAGGUGAGCGUAACGUGGUGCCCCCUGGGUAAUGCAGUUUAUUUAGGAACCCAAGGAACCUGAGAUGGAAAGGGAAGAAAAUACAGACAACCUGGGAGAAGCGCUGGAAAAAGUCGCGGUAGGCCUACACCAGAGGCUUCACUGCGACCAACUUCAUGAGGUUAUCUGAUUACCCGUUGCUUGGCCAGCCUGAGUCCUUGACAGGUAUCGUCCUCUCCUCCUGGGCGAUCAGCACCCGCCUGGUCCGGUACACCUGGCCUGGUGGAUGCUACUCCUAAAGCCCCUGCUUUUUAAUCCAAAACCUACUUUUCCGGUGACCGUAGGCCAUAUAGGCCUAGUUUUUUUUAGCACAAAAAUCUAAUAGACCUGAUCCGAUUUUCAAGCCAUAAAUAAGAAACACUGACCGCAUUUAAUUUUUAAUCUGUCCGAUGUGUGUAACCAGGAAGUUACUUGACUGAAUCAAAUAAUAAGCCUAUAGACCAAACCGAUUUUAAGGCAGGCCUAAUGAAUAUAGCCUAUGAGCUUGAACGUCAAUGUUUUUUUCCCCCUCAAUAAAAUAUUUUGUAAAAUGUCGCGUUAAAAAUCUUCACUUGCGUGAACAGAUAAACUCGUACAAGAAGCAGGAAGUAUAGGCUACUGUUGCCUUGGAUACAGAGAGACUGCGGAAGGCCUCAGAGACCAACGGGAUAUCUUUAGUGUUCCCGUUUGGAUACACACACAGUGAGUUAACGUUAACAAUGUGUGCUGCAAAUUGAGCCUCGUUUUUAUUUUCCCAAAAUACUUUGUUGUUGAAUUGUUCUAAAUGUUCAGGAUGGUAACUAAUAAUAGUAGGCUUAUCGUGUUGAAGAGAUUUUUAUUGUAUUUGACGUUUUGCACUUCAAUACAAUAUUUUGUCCACACAUGUUUACUUAUUUUAAUUUGUUCUUUUAAUCCAUGAAGUUGGUGCUUCAUACUGUGACUGCAUUUGCAUUGUUUUCUUUUGUAUGUAACCUGCUUUUGGAGGCAUAAUUUAUUUUUGAGGACUGAAUAAUAAACAUAUAUAUAUGGUCUACAUAUGUACGGUUGUUUAGAUCUAUUUAUCUUUUGAAUUAAAAUUUUAAACACAUGAAUGUAAUAAACUGUAAGAUAGGCUGCUGCAAUGUUAUUUAAUGUUAAUAAUGUAAAUAAAGUAGACAAAGAAAUGGCAAUGCUAGGUUGAUGCUAUUCAGAUGUGUGUGUCAAACAAGUCUGGACACACCACUGAGUUAGAAAGAGCAGCACCUGCAUGGCAACCAUUGCCAUAGUCAAAUAAACUGCCAAAUAAUCUGUUUUCUACAGAGUUUGCAGACAGCAGAGUGCUGUGGUGUUUAAGGUAAAGGCCCAGCAGCUCUUACAGGCAGGAAACACUUACAUGUCUUGAUAACGUAAAGCGACUGUUUGGUGUGUUAUAGAUUGCAGCAUGCUGUGUGUGUGUUUGUGCAUGUGUGUGUGUGUGUGUGUUGAUGUGUGUGUAUACCAGUUUUGUGGCCAACAGAGACACUUCCUGUUUCUCAGGGCUUCUUCAGUUGCCCUGUUGUCAGCAGAGUUCAGUAUCACUCUGUCUGCUGAUAGGAACUGCUGCCACUUCAAACAGACUGCAUUUUCCUUUUAUUCAUCUUGUAAAACAUCACAAAUCACCUGAAGUGAAAAAUGAAGAUAGCUGCUUUCAAUGCAAAGAACCUGGGAAUGAAGAAAACCGCAGACCAGGCUGUCGUCAAAACCCUCACCAAGAUCAUGUCUCAGUACAGUGUGGUGGUGAUUCUGGAGGUGGUGGAUAAGAGCGGUAAGGCCAUGGAGAAGUUACUUCAAGACCUCAACAGCUCCAACCAAACCCGUCCCUACUCCAUGACCUCCAGCAGCCAGCUGGGACGAGACACCUACAAGGAGAAGUUUGUUUGUUUCUACAGAAAGGAUGAAGUGAAGCUGACAGAUUGUUACCAGUAUGAAGAUAAUCAAGUUGGAGAUGUGGACGCCUUUGCCAGAGAGCCCUUCGUUCUGCGCUUCAGCUGUCCAACUACAGUUGUGAAAGACCUGGUACUGAUCCCCGUACACACCAAGCCAGAGGACUCGUUGAAGGAGCUGGACGAGCUGCAUGACGUGGUCGAUGCUGUCAGGAAGAAGUGGGGAACUGAUAACAUAAUGAUUUUAGGGGACUUUAAUGCAGAUGGACGGUAUCUCUCCAAGAAGAAGAAGGAUACGAUCCGCAUCUGCUCCGCCCCUUACCAUUGGCUGAUAGCUGAUGAUGUCGACACAACGUCUAGUAACCUUAAUGACAACACCUACGACAGGAUCGUGGUGUAUGGACAGACCAUGCUGGACGGCGUCGUCCCCGGCUCUGCCAAGUCUUUCAACUUCCAGAAAGCGUUCAACCUGACUGAUGAGGAAACCCUCGGUGUGAGUGACCACUACCCUGUGGAGGUGGAGCUGAAGACCAACAAGAAACAGAAAGCACCAAGACAAAGGAAGACAGCUGUUCCCGCAAGGACAACAUCCACCAAAGGAAAAACUCAGAAGAAAGGACCACAGAAGAAGAACACUGAGCCAGCAGCACCACAGAAGAAGAGAAGACAACAAAAGGGAACAGAGGACAGUCAUCAGACGCACCAACAAAGAGAAGACGUUUGAACAAAUGAAGAACAGACUUUAAAGGAUGUUGCAUCAACCAGUAAUUUUAAAGAUGUCUUACUGUUUCAACAUUAUAAUUUGGAGGGUGUUGCAGCUUUGAUACCAGAAAGUACAAAAAACCUCCAAAUAAAUCUACUGUGACACUUUGAUAAAAUAAAAAAGGUUUAAAGAUACCUGCUUUAAAAGCAUCAUCUAGUCAGAGAAUACAAAAUGACAAAGAAUCUGGACAUUCUUUGUCAGAAGUGUAAAUUAUAUUUUUUCUAGACAUUUGUAUUCAUGAUGAGCUUUUUGUCCAAUUGGCAAAAUGAAAUGUCUUAAUGUUUAAACAUGCAUAUUCUGUAAAUUAAUGUAAAAUGGAGACAUCCAGGUGGGCCCUGAUAGAAAUGGUCACCCUUCCAAAAUUCUCCUGAUCUGUAUGUUGAUGAGCAGUUGAAUGCGUUAUGAACGAGAGAUUAGUUCUCCAGCUCCCGGAGUUUAAAGGAGGUUUAGAUCCUCCAAAUUUUCACCAUUACCGCUGAACCUGUAACAUCGCUAGACUCGUCUGUUGUAACACUUUUUUAUUGAACAUUCAUUCAGUGGUUGUUUGUGCUAUUCAUCUCAAACUUUGAUAAAAAGCUACCCAUAUUCUUAUUUAAAAGAGUUUGUUAUUUAGACAUCGACAACAUAAUCCCAGAAUGUGGGAUUACUGUUGCAGCGUGUUUCUGUUUCUCCAGUAACACACCAAGGUGUCUAUAAAAGACAAAUAAAAUAAGCAUACAUAAAAGAA